AUGGCCACCCCACUCGACACCGACGCUGGUACUGAGCUGUUCAAGCACUAUGAGACCGAAUACCAACUGGUCCAAGCGGACCUAGUGCAGAAGCUCGAACAAAUUGUGGAGCUGUCGGGGGAGCCGAGGAAGGCGGCGCUGAGUGCCGCUGAGCGGGCGCUGGAAGAGACGGGCGAGUUGGUCGACCAGAUGCAGAUGGAGAAGCAGAACGUACCCUCGACACAGCGCGCCGCCAUCAACCGGCGGUUGCGUGACUACAAAACAGACGUCGACGGUUACCGGCGGAAGCUGCGGACGCUGGCAGAUGAUAAGAGCGCGCUGUUCGGUUCUCGGUAUACCGACAACCCGGGGUCCUCGUCAGGAGAUGCCCAUUUCGAACAGAGGCAGCAGUUGUUGUCGGGCACGGAUCGUUUGGACCGCAGCACGCAGCGGCUUAAGGCCAGCCAGGUACUGGCGAACGAGACUGAGGCGAUCGGGGCCAACACGCUUGCGCAACUGCAACAACAGCGCGAGACGAUUGACCACACCACCAGGGUCCUGUAUGAGAGCGAAGGUUAUGUUGAUCGAAGCAUCAAGAGCCUCAAAGGGAUCGCUCGUAGGAUGGCUACCAAUCGGGUGAUCACCAUUGCCAUCAUCACGGUUCUAGUUCUUCUCAUCAUUGCGGUUAUCUUCAGCAAGUUCAAGUGA